UGCACAUUGAAUUGAAUCAGCACUUCUGAAAGUGCCCUACAGGUCUGCUCAUCAUGAUGGACUCUAACGUUCUGUGUGUGUUUCUGCUGCUCUUAACACAAGUCUUCAUUGGCGUGAACACACAGGGGGAGUCAGAGAUUCCGUGGUCUUAUAAAGAUGAAGAUGAUGCGAGUGUGAAGGCAGUGAAGGAGAUUCAGACACCGACGGACUGUAGCUGUGACUGUCAGGCAACUCGACCCACUGGAACACCAGCGACCUGGACCACCAUCAGCACCACAGCAUCCACACACAGCAGAUACCUCGAAUGCAUGCCAGAGUGUCCAUACCACAAACCACUGGGGUUUGAGUCUGGAGCGGUGCUGUCGGAACAGUUCAGCUGUUCUAACCAGGAGCAGUAUGUGGGCUGGUUCUCCUCCUGGACCCCGAAUAAAGCCCGACUGAACAGCCAGGGAUACGGCUGUGCAUGGCUGUCCAAAUACCAGGAUGCGAGCCAGUGGCUUCAGAUCGACCUGCUGGAGGUUCAGGUGGUGUCGGGUCUCUUAAUUCAGGGCCGCUGUGAUGCUGAUGAAUGGACCACCAAAUACAGCCUGCAGUACCGAACCCAUGAAAACCUCAAUUGGAUCUAUUACAAAGACCAGACCGGGAACAACAGGGUGUUCUAUGGAAACACGGACCGCUCCUCCACAGUGCAGAACCUGCUGCGGCCGCCCAUCGUGGCACGGUACAUCCGGAUCCUGCCUCUGGGCUGGCACACACGCAUCGCCAUACGCCUGGAACUGCUCAUGUGUAUGAACAAAUGCGUCUGAUACACGUGUCCAUCACUCUGAGAGACCACCUCUCUCUGAGGGUCAAAGAACAGCUUAUUUACCAUGAUACUAAUAAAAUACAGAGAAAACUGGUCUCAGAUCAGUAGAUGACUAAUUAUUACAGUAUACUACCUAAUAACCAUACCUUCUGUAUGAACAAAAUCAAAUAACCGAUAUUUGAGCUUAAAGAAUGCGUUGAGACUUUAUAGUAUGUAGAGAAAAAAGGUUGGAUUUAAUAAAUGAAAUGUUUGGGGCCUGGGUAUCUCAGCGAGUAUUGACGCUGACUACCACCCCUGGAGUCACGAGUUCGAAUCCAGGGCGUGCUGAGUGACUCCAGCCAGGUCUCCUAAGCAACCAAAGUGGCCCGGUUGCUAGGGAGGAUAGAGUCACAUGUGGUAACCUCCUCGUGGUCGCUAUAAUGUGGUUCGCUCUCGGUGGGGCGCGUGGCGAGUUGUGCAUGGAUGCCGCGGAGAAUAGCGUGAAGCCUCCACAUGCACUAGGUCUCCGCUGUAACGCGCUCAACAAGCCACGUGAUAAGAUGUGCGGAUUGACGGUCUCAGACACGGAGGCAACUGAGAUUCGUCCUACGCCACCCGGAUUGAGGUGAGUCUCUACGCCACCACGAGGACUUAGAGCGCAUUGGGAAUUGGGCAUUCCAAACUGGGGAGAAAAUAAAAAAAUAAAUACAAAAUAAAUAAAUAAAAGAAAUGUUUCAUAGAUGCCAUCACUUACUGGUCUGAUCCUAAAAUACAGAAGAAACCCCCCCCCCCCCCGAAUUUUUCUCUUUGUCUCAAAUAAGAACCGAAUGUAUUUCAUAUUUAUAUUUAUGUUUAAUAAAGCAGUACUGUUUAU